CAUAGCAUGCGAGCGAGUUGUGUUGACAUCUGCCGGUAAGCCAGCAGUCCCACGCUUCUCACAGACCGUUCUGCAAAGCGAUUUGGAAGAACCUUCUGGAGGAGCAGUGUUUGGAUGAGAGCAUCAGAGAACAAUGUCUCCUCCUCGACUCACAGGGGCUCUGCGCUCCUUCUCCACUGUCAGCAAGAAGGAGGAUUUUAAUGAACAGCUCUACGAUCUGAAGACCAAGCGGCUGAAGAGGCGGGAGCUGUUUGCCAGAGAGGGUCUGACGUGGCAGAAGAUUGUCCAUCUCUGCUCCGAGCAUCAGGACAACGCUAAACAGCAAGCUGAACUGAAGAGCCUCCUUCAGGCAGCCAAGGAAAUUGUGGGGACUGAACAUGGGCAGGCCGCCGUUGAAAGUGCAGCUGUGUUUCUGUUUGAGACCUUCCACAACAAAGACCAUGUGGGCACAGAGGAGACCCGGGCAAUCAAGCAGAUGUUCGGGCCCUUCCCCUCCUCUGCAGCUGAGGCCUCCUGUGCCUGUGUGGCUCGGCUGGUGGCUCCACUCGGAGACUCCAGGGUGGAGAACUUUAUCCAGAGCCUGUCCUCCCGUCACAACCCCCAACGAGGCCCUUCUUUUGGACGUAACAUCGUCUUCUCGUAUGACUGCUAUGCUCUGGACCCGCUGGAGGAGCUGCCCUGCUCUGACGUCAACGAGGAGAACGCGAGUCUCGACUUCAUCAACUUCCUCAACCACCAGCAGAGCGGGAGGAAUGUCGCCAGUGAGGAAGCUUCAGGAAGUUCUCUGAGCUCUGGGGAGGGAGCCAUCCUGAGAUCAGAGGUGGAGAAGUAUCUAAAUGGAGGCAACAUGAUCUCAUCCAGCCCGGAGGAGCUAUGCACCUCCCUGUUUGAAAUGCUGACCUCCCACAAGAGCGACGACGAGCUGCAGAAUGAGCUGUUCGAGCUGCUGGGCCCAGAGGGGCUGGAGAUGAUCUCCACCCUCCUCCAGCGAAGGGCAGCUAUCGUGGACUCCCUCAUCUCUAUGCCACCUGACAGGACUGGCUACACACCAGAUGUGAGCCGAUUAGCCAUUGGAGAAGCCAAGCCCACCUUUGCGUGCCAGGUGACCAUCCAGUCAGAGCAGGAGAAACAGAUGAUGAAGUUGUACCGCAGAGAGGAGAAGAGAGAGAGGAAGAGAGGGAAAGGAGGAGAAGAAGGCGAAUCCUCAGAUGCUGCCCUGACCUUUGACCCCCGAGAGAUGAGAACUCAGCGGGAGCAGGCGCUGCUGACUGCACGGCGGGAUCCUAUACUGAGCAGAGAGAGAGUGUACGAACGUAUCCGAUAUCCCAACGUCUAUGACUGCCAUGCAGAGGCCGCAAAGACGCCUGCGUUUGUUGGUGGAGCCAAGAUGAUGCUUCCUGAGGGAAUCCGCAGAGAGAACACUAAGAUGUAUGAAGAGGUGGAAAUCCCACCCAACGAUCCCAUGCCCAUCGGCUUUGAAGAGAAGCCCGUCUUCAUCUCUGAACUGGAUGAGAUCGCACAGCUGGUGUUUAAGGGCAUGAAGCGUCUGAACAGGAUCCAGUCUCUGGUGUUUGAGACGGCCUACAACACCAACGAGAACCUCCUGAUCUGCGCUCCCACCGGCGCCGGCAAGACCAACAUCGCCAUGCUGACCGUGCUUCAUGUGAUCAACCAGCACCUGCAGCCCGGGGGGGUCAUCAAGAAGGACGAGUUCAAGAUCGUGUACGUGGCUCCGAUGAAGGCCUUGGCAGCUGAGAUGACUAAUUACUUCGGUAAGCGAUUGGAGCCACUGGGCAUCACAGUUAAAGAACUCACCGGGGACAUGCAGCUAACCAAAGGAGAGAUCCUACGAACACAGAUGUUGGUGACGACUCCAGAGAAAUGGGAUGUAGUGACCAGGAAGAGUGUUGGAGACGUGGCUCUCUCCCAGAUCGUGCGUCUCCUCAUCCUGGAUGAAGUCCACCUCCUACAUGAGGACCGAGGACCGGUUCUGGAGAGCCUGGUGGCCCGCACCAUCAGACAGGUGGAAUCCACCCAGAGUAUGAUCAGGAUCCUGGGACUCUCAGCCACGCUGCCCAACUACCUGGACGUGGCCUCCUUCCUGCACGUCAACCCCUACAUCGGCCUGUUUUUCUUCGACAGUCGCUUCAGACCCGUGCCCCUCGGACAGACCUUUGUUGGCGUCAAAGCCACAAACAAGAUCCAGCAGCUUCAUGACAUGGAGGAGAUUUGUUACAACAAAGUUCUGGAGCAGGUUAAAGAAGGUCAUCAGGUGAUGGUGUUUGUCCACGCCCGUAAUGCCACAGUGAGGACGGCAAUGGGUCUGAUCGAGAUGGCCAAGAACCAUGGAGAGAUAUGCGUCUUCCAACCAAACCAGGGGGCAGACUACGGCCACUGUGAGAAACAGAUCCAGCGCUCCAGAAACAAGGAGAUGAAGGAGAUGUUCCCAGAAGGCUUUGGGAUCCAUCAUGCCGGCAUGCUGCGCUCCGACCGCAGCAUGAUGGAGAGCAUGUUCUCCAAAGGCCACCUGAAGGUGCUGGUGUGCACCGCCACUCUGGCCUGGGGAGUCAACCUGCCGGCACACGCAGUCAUCAUCAAGGGGACUCAAAUCUACGAUGCCAAGCGUGGGACCCUGGUGGAUCUGGGCAUCCUGGACGUCAUGCAGAUCUUUGGACGUGCAGGUCGUCCGCAGUUUGACAAGUACGGUGAGGGCACCAUCAUCACCACCCAUGACAAACUGAGCCACUACCUGACCCUGCUCACCCAGCAGAACCCCAUCGAGAGCCAGUUCCUGGACAGGCUGGCCGACAACCUGAACGCUGAGAUCGCUCUGGGGACCGUCACCAACGUGGAGGAGGCUGUGAAGUGGCUCAGCUACACCUACCUGUUUGUCCGCAUGAGGGCCAACCCACUGGCAUACGGCAUCAACCACAAGGCCUAUCAGAUGGACCCCUCCCUGAUGCUGUACAGGAAGGAGCUGGUGGUGGAGGCCGGCAGGAAGCUGGACAAGGCCCGCAUGAUCCGCUUCGAGGAGCGCACCGGGUACUACGCCUCCACCGACAUGGGCAGGACCGCCAGCCACUUCUACAUCAGAUACAACACCAUCGAGACCUUCAAUGAAAUGUUCAACUCUCAGAGGACAGAAGCAGACAUCUUCAGCAUCGUGUCCAAGGCUGAGGAGUUUGACCAGCUGAAGGUGCGUGACGAGGAGCUGGAGGAGCUGGACCAGCUGCUGAGUAACUACUGUGAGCUGCCGGCUGCAGGGGGGGUGGAGAACGGCUACGGGAAGAUCAACGUGCUGCUGCAGACCUACAUCAGCCGGGGGGAGGUGGACAGCUUCUCCCUCAUCUCUGACCUGGGCUACGUGGCUCAGAACUCUGCUCGUAUCGUCAGGGCUCUGUUUGAGAUCGCUCUGAGGAAGCGGUGGCCGGCCAUGACCUACCGCCUGCUCACCCUCUGUAAGGUGAUCGACAAGCGGCUGUGGGGCUUCGCCCACCCCCUCCGUCAGUUCCCCAACCUCAGCCACCUGGUUCUGAACCGCCUGGAGGAGAAGAAGCUCACCGUGGACAAGCUGAAGGAAAUGAGGAAGGAUGAGAUCGGUCACAUGCUGCACCAUGUGAACAUCGGACAGUCGGUCAAACAGUGUGCCCACCAGAUCCCUGCCAUCACCAUGGAGGCCAACAUCCAGCCAAUCACACGCACCGUGCUCCGCGUGCGGCUCGUCAUCACGCCUGACUUCCGCUGGCACGACCAGGUCCACGGGUCAGUGGGUGAGCCCUGGUGGUUGUGGGUGGAGGACCCCAUCAAUGACCACAUAUACCACUCUGAGCACAUCCUGCUGCAGAAGAAACAGGUGGUGUCAGAGGAGCCUCAGCACAUCGUGUUCACCAUCCCUAUCUUUGAGCCGCUGCCCUCUCAGUACUACAUCAGGGCGGUGUCCGACCGCUGGCUGGGGGCAGAGGCCGUCUGCAUCAUUAACUUCCAGAACCUCAUCUUACCCGAGAGACACCCCCCACACACUGAGCUGCUGGACCUGCAGCCUCUCCCGGUGACGGCUCUGGGUAACCCGGAGUUUGAGAGCCUGUUCAAGUUCACUCACUUCAACCCCAUCCAGACGCAGAUCUUCCACACGCUGUACCACACCGACACCAACGUCCUGCUGGGGGCGCCAACGGGCUCCGGGAAGACCAUCGCCGCAGAGAUGGCCAUGUUCAGGGUCUUCAGCCAGUAUCCCGGCGCUAAGGUGGUGUACAUCGCCCCCAUGAAGGCCCUGGUCAGAGAGAGGAUCGAGGACUGGAAGGUCAGGAUUGAGGAGCAACUGGGGAAGAAAGUGGUGGAGCUGACAGGGGACGUGACCCCCGACAUGAGAGCUAUAUCACAGGCUGACCUCAUCGUCACCACUCCGGAGAAAUGGGACGGAGUGAGCAGGAGCUGGCAGAACAGAAGCUAUGUUCAGAAAGUGGCCAUCCUCAUCAUCGAUGAGAUCCACCUGCUGGGGGAGGACAGAGGUCCAGUGUUGGAGGUGAUUGUGUCCAGGACCAACUUCAUCUCCUCUCACACGUCUAAGAGAGUCCGAGUGGUGGGUCUGUCCACGGCUCUGGCCAACGCUCGAGACCUGGCCGACUGGCUGGGCAUCGGACAGGUGGGUUUGUUUAACUUCCGCCCAUCUGUUCGCCCUGUACCGCUGGAAGUUCACAUCCAUGGUUUCCCGGGGCAACACUACUGCCCUCGCAUGGCCAGCAUGAACAAGCCUACCUUCCAAGCGAUACGCAGCCACUCCCCAGCCAAACCAGUGCUGAUCUUUGUCUCCUCCCGACGGCAAACCCGACUGACCGCCCUGGACCUGAUCGCCUACCUGGCCACAGAGGACAACCCCAAACAGUGGCUGCACCAGGACGAGAGAGAGAUUGAGGCGAUCAUUGCCACAGUGAGGGAUUCCAACCUGAAGCUGACGCUGGCCUUCGGGAUCGGCAUGCAUCAUGCAGGCCUGCACGAGAGGGACAGGAAGACCGUGGAGGAGCUGUUCGUCAACUGCAAGAUCCAGGUUCUGAUAGCCACCAGCACUCUGGCCUGGGGGGUGAACUUCCCUGCUCACCUGGUGGUCGUCAAGGGAACGGAAUACUACGAUGGCAAAACCAGGCGCUACGUGGACUACCCCAUUACAGAUGUUCUGCAGAUGAUGGGGCGAGCAGGUCGGCCUCAGUUUGAUGACCAGGGCAAAGCUGUGAUCCUCGUCCAUGACAUCAAGAAGGAUUUCUACAAGAAGUUCCUCUAUGAGCCGUUCCCUGUGGAGUCCAGCCUCCUCAGUGUGCUGUCAGACCAUCUGAAUGCGGAGGUGGCUGCAGGAACCAUCUCCUCCAAACAGGACGCCAUGGACUACAUCACCUGGACCUACUUCUUCAGGCGGCUGGUGAUGAACCCCAGUUAUUACAACCUAGAAGACGUCAGCCACGAGUCCAUUAACAAGUUUCUGUCCAACCUGGUGGAGAAGAGCCUGCGGGACCUGGAGUGCUCUUACUGCUUAGAGAUAAAAGAGGAUGAUCAGACCAUUGAGCCACUGACCUAUGGUCGCAUCUCGUCCUACUACUACCUGAAGCACCAGACCAUCCGCACCUUCAAAGAGCGGCUGAGAGCCGAGCUGCCCCUCCACGAGCUGCUCUCCGUCCUCACCGAUGCAGAAGAGUUUUCGGAGCUGCCCGUCAGACACAACGAGGACCAGCUGAACAGCCAGCUGGCUCAGCAGCUCCCCCUGAAGGUCAACCCACAUUCCUACGACAGCGCCCACACCAAGACCCACCUGCUGCUGCAAGCCCACUUCAGCCACGCCCAGCUGCCAUGCAGCGACUACAACACCGACACCAAGACGGUGCUGGACAACACCAUACGAGUCUGUCAGGCUAUGCUGGAUGUAGCUGCUAACGAAGGCUGGCUGGUGGCCGCUCUCAGUAUCUGUAACCUGGUGCAGAUGGUGGUGCAGGGCCGCUGGCUGCACGACUCCCCCCUGCUGACCCUGCCUCAUGUGGAACAGCAGCACCUCUAUCUGUUCAGCAAAUGGGCAAACAAGAAGGGAAGGAGCAGUGGGGGGGGCUCCAGCGGGCAGAUCGAAGGACUUCCUGAGCUGAUCGCUGCCUGCAACGGGAAGGAAAGUGUUUUCGCUGCCAUUGUCGGCCAAGAGCUUCAAUCCAGUCAGAUCGCCCAGGCCUGGUCCUUCCUGAGCCACCUCCCGGUGCUGGAGGUGGAGCUGAGUGUGAAGGGCUGGUGGGAGGCGAGCCGGGAGCAGACGGAGCGCCGCCUCCCCGCAGCAGGAGCCCAGCGGGGGGGGGAGGGUGGCUGGCUGCAGGUCCACGCUGACCAGGAGUACGUCCUGCAGGUCGCUCUGAGACGCAUCAACGCGGGCCAGCAGAGGAGGAAGCAGGACAGCAAGGCGCAGGCUCCCAGGUUCCCCAAACUGAAGGAUGAAGGCUGGUUCCUGGUGGUGGGGGAGGUGGACCGCCGGGAGCUGCUGGCCGUCAAACGGAUCGGAUACGUCCGCCAGCGCACAGCUGUGUCCGUGGCCUUCUACACUCCAGAGAAGACCGGGAAGUGCAUCUACACCCUGUACCUGAUGAGUGACUGCUAUCUGGGUCUGGACCAGCAGUACGACAUCCACCUGAACGUAACAGCCGCCAGCAUCAGUGCUCAGGUGAACACAGAGGUGACUCAGUGAGCGAACCCCCCCCUCAGGAUCCUCAUGCUGCACAGAUUGGGAUGUGAUAUGUUGCUCCGUGCACUUUGAAUCAGCUGCUCUGACGCUUCAGUCAUCAGUGAGCUUCACCUCCUCACUGCAUUGCAUUCUGGACAAUUGAAGCUGCUGUUGUGUCUCCUCUACUCUGGAUUUCUCUGAUUAUUAAAUAUCUGUCAAAUAAAGUGUUGCAGGGAUGAGGUUUUUUCCCUUGGAAUUUGGACAAAUGCAGAAAAUAAGAACACGUUUAUGAUACUUACGUUGAAGCUUUAAUGUCAUUUCCAGAAGCUAACGUGAGGAUAUAAAGGAACAAUAUCAUCUUCGCAUUACUUCACCACCGCUAAGCUAAAGGUGGCUAAUGUUUGGCGUGGCUAUAAAAUGAGAACAUCUCUUCAGCUUGUGUUGACCAUAGAUCAUAUCAAAAACAGAUUUCAAAAAGAAUCAACACUGAGACAAGCAAACCAGAAGGGCUGAAAUGCUCAUUUCCAGGUUUUCGGACUCAUUCCUGCACCACUGUAUUUGCAUCAGAAAAAUAUUUGUAAGUCUUUCAAAGGGAAAGGUUUAAUUAAAGGUAUUUGAUUUGAAGUGUUCCUUGUAUUGAGUUAACCUAAUGUACCAGUAAUGAUCAUCUGGAACUGUAAACGGUGUUGCUCUUUGACCAUGCCUCGGUCAGUGAUGUCACAGCAGGCACUUAUCCUUUGACCAUUUUUCAAUUUCAUAAGAAGUCUGUUUUUCUAGACCAAAUAUGUUAUACACACAUGGCUGUGAAAUAAAGAUUGUUUUGUCAAAAGAA